AUAUCGAAAACAAAACAAAGCUAAUACGUAUUUAUUUACUUGUCUGUUGUAGUACAUCGUGAAUUAAGCGGUUGAAUUAAGUUACUGAGAGUUUUACUGAAAAUAAUUGUCGUGUGCCGUUUUCUCCUGCUAGCAGCAAAUUAGCGGCCUAACUUCGCCAAUAACUGUGAUGUUUAAUAACGUUUAUCGUUUCAUCGAAAGAAAGAUACAGUUAAACGAAAAAGAUGAACGGUAUUUCUGUAAACAUGGUUCAACCCAACCUGCCCUUGAGGAAACCUUCAUCGAGCCCCAUGACGCCUCCUCCCAGACAGACCAUCAUGCCCGGUGCAACACCUGUGCGCCCCUCCUCAGGCGCCUUUGGAGACGCUCCGGUGUGUUUACCAGGCAGCAGGGAAACAUCUGGACAGUUGUUGGGAUCUCCGCUGCAGACCGUGUGCCUCUGCAACUUCUGUGGCAAGAAGGGGACUUUACGAUGCAAGCGCUGCAAGAAGAUGCUGUACUGCUCUGUGGCGUGUCAGACCGAAGACUGGAAGGCGCACAGACACGUGUGCAAGUUAUUUUAUCCAGAAGAUAAAGCGAAGGAAAGUCCACCGGCUUCGCCAGUUGCAGGAGACAGAGCCAUCGUCUUAGAGGUGGAUGACCAUUCAUCCACAAACCAGAGGGUGUUCUUGAAGGACUUGCGCAGCCCUAAAGUUAUUCAUGGAUCAGACAUCCAGGCGUCUGUUGUAGAGUUCUACAGCCCUGCCAGGUUUUACGUCAUUGCUCAGAGCCCGGAGUUGCUGGAAGCUCUGCAGAGCAUCACCACAGAGCUUCAGAAAACUUACAGCCGCCCCUCAGUGACGACUUAUGUGCCUUGUGUUGGGGAGGUUUGCAUGGUUCAGUUUUCCUGUGAUCUGAAAUGGUACCGAGGCCUCGUUCAGACUUUGUCUGCCGACCAGAAGACGGCUCAUAUUCUUUACAUCGACUUUGGAAAUGAAGAGAACGUCCCGGUGGAAAGGAUCAAACCCCUGUCUGCUGACAUCCAGCCGUUUAGCCCAUGUGCGAUGGAGUGCCGGAUCGCCGGGGUGGUGCCAGUUGUUGACAGCUGGUCAGGCGAGUGCUGUAUCGCUUUGAGGCAGCUGCUGGCUGGAAAGAUUGUGACUGUUAAGCUGUUGGAAACAGUAGAGGACGGUCGCGUCCACCUCGUGGAUAUUCUGCUUUCCAUGGGAAAACACUUGAGCACAUUCCUCAUUGAGCAACACUAUGCAAUGAAGGAAACUGUCAACUUAAUACCAACUAGGCAAGAUAUAAAAGCCCUGGUGAGCGCCUCCUUAGAAAACUUCCGGAGUCUCUCCGACGGGAAAGAUAAGAACAUCUGGGCUCAGCCACCGGAGCCAAUGACACAGGCGGUGGGCGACCGCGUCCUCGUCGUCGUCACCCACUUGCAGUCGCCCGACGAACUUGUGGUGCAGAAGGUGAAGAACGCCGGAGUGAUUCAAGAUCUGCAGCUGAAGCUGAGGGAGCACUGCGCUCAGGUUGAAGCCCCACAGAACUUCAGACCAGCUCCUGGCACAGUUUGUUGCGCCCAGUUUUCAGAGGACAGACAGUGGUACAGGGCGAAAAUACUGGCCUACUCGUCAGGGGAACGCGUUUGCGUCGGCUACCUUGAUUUUGGCAACUCUGAGGAGGUGGAUUUAGGUCACCUGCGACCUAUCAGCGCUUCACUACUGGCCCUCCCAAUGCAGGCUAUGCCGUGUGUUCUAGCAGGUGUGCAGCCCGUCGGAGAGAGCUGGUCGAAGGACUGCCUUUUGGCCCUGCAGCGGAGGGUGUCCAACCGAAUACUGCAAAUAGAGAUCCAGGGAGCUCAUGGGGGCAAGGCUUCGGUGGCCAUGAUUGAUGAGGCCAGCGAUCCUCAGGCCAACAUAGCGGAGCUGCUUAUCUCUGCUGGUUACGCUGCACCUGCUCCUGUUACCUGCGGUGACCAUCAGGGUGACGAGACACCUGCUACUUCAGAGUCACAGGUGUCUCUCCAGUCGCGUCAGCCUCUGGUUUGGUCUAGUGUGGAGCUUCCCCUUGGCAACCAGACAGUGGCGCUACUAGCCAGUGUGGUGGAGAACCCCGGAGAGUUUUACUGCUGCACCAAUAACCCUGGAGAUGAGCAGCGGCUGACUGACCUGGGGGCUCAGCUCAAGGAGCACUGCCAGGCUGAUGCCUCAGCCUUCGUGCCCAAGGUGGGGGAGCCCUGCUGUGCCAUGUUUCCAGGUGACGGGACAUGGUAUCGAGCUGUGGUGAAGGGAGUCCAUGAAGACGGAGUAGCUGUGAACUUUGUGGACUACGGUUACAACGUGAAGGUGCAGCAGAGCCAGCUUCGCUCCAUCACACCCCGACUCCUGGCGCUGCCCUUCCAGGCAAUCCGCUGCUGGCUCAAAGGUGUGGAGCCCGCGGGGUCCGAGUGGAGCAGCGAAGCCCUGCUGUGGUUCCAGACCCUGGUGGCCGGCGAGACGCUCUACGCACGCGUGUUUUCCGUCACCGAGCGCGGCUACGGCGUGGAGCUGGAGAGCAGAGGGCAGAAUGUGGCAGCUGCUCUGAUUUCUGAGCAUCUAGCCAAAGUUCCUGGAGAGUUUGCCAAAGAGGCGCAUGCAAAGACCUCCGGAGCCAAACAACAAGAGGCUGCGAAAGAAAACCGGCACAGCCAAUUAAACGUUGGAGCCUCCGAUUACACCGAAGCCGGUUCCAAAGAGAUGCCGGUUGACGGGCAGACUGUAGUGCCAGCAGAAGCUCUGUGUUUCCCAGUGGACUGGACGACGGGCGAGCUGCCUCUCAACGAGGUGUUUCAGCCUUAUGUUGCAGCCGUCAUCAGUCCUUCCCUCUUCUACCUGCUUGACCCAACGCGAGUGGAUCAGAAAAGGCUCCAGGAGGUGAAGACAGAGCUGGCUUCCUACUGCACGAACAACCAGGCCACGUUAUCCUCAGCUGGAGGCAGCAGACCUGCUCCUGGAGCUGCUUGUUGUGCUCAGUUCUAUGCAGACGAUGACUGGUACCGUGCAGUCGUCCUGGGGGUCGAUGAGAAUGAAGUGAGCGUCAUCUACGCGGAUUACGGAAACCGUGAGAAGGUGCCGUUCUCCAGAGUCCUGCCCAUUCCCGCCCACCUGCUGCAGGUUCCCCUUCAGAUCACUCGGUGUGCCCUCAUUGGCAGGGAGCACUUCCCGGCGGAGUGGCCGGCAGAAGUGCAGGAGCUUUUUCAGACCCUGAUGUCGAGCGGCGUCCUCGCCACCGUUCACUCUUUCGAUGGCUCCUAUAACGUGCUUUCUGUCUCUCUGCCCAUCGAGAGUGGGGGUGGACACCUCACUUCUAUGAUAUUAGAUGCAUUACAGGCCGAGAGUAACCCUCCUCCUCCUCCCACCACCACCACCACCCCCCAGAAGACUGACACAACAGGAAGCAGCACAUCUAUCGGCACAACACCAGCUCCUGAGAAUAAAACUGGGCCGCUUGUUACAGCCGGGUCCAUCAGGGCCUCAGAGAAAAUCACCUGUCAAUCAUCAGCCACCGAAAACCCAGUGAAGAGGAUCGUUGAAGAAAUGGAGCCACGGUGCCACAAUACUUCAGACGCCGCUGCUCCUCAGGGCUCGGGACGCUGCUGCUGUCUGAGCGAAAUGAAGACCAAGAUUGAUCAUCUUGAACAGCUGAUGCAGCUGCAGCUUUCUGUCAUCAAGCAGCUCGUCGGACAGACAGAAUAAAAUCUGACCUACUUACCGUCUCGUUCACCGUUCAACUGUUUAAUUAUUUUUGUUUGCCACCCAGCUUUUAAUUUAUCCAUCUUUACCCCAAAAAAACUCUUAUUUUAUGUUUUUAAUGUGAUGUUAAAUUCCCUGGCAGGUUCAUGUUUGAUCUGAUUUAAGUUCAUAAAAGUUCCAUAAAAAGUUUCCUGCAGAAACA